AAAAACUCUUGGUGACAUGUGGCGGGAAAUCAUUGGAUGACAUGAUCUGACGUUGUUUAAUUAUAUUUUAUUUAGGCAAUGUUCAUGCUUUAAUCGGAGCACAGAACAUAUAUUAUAAAUAUUUAACAUUACACCUUUGGUAAUCAUGCGUUGUUUUGCAUUGAUAUCACAGUUUGUCUUGUUGCUGAUAUGUUUUCAACGUUAUUUUAUGGAAGAAGUAAACAAAUAUGAAGUUGACCCUAAUGGAUAUUUAAUCUUCUGUUUGUGCAUGGGACGUUUUGGAAACCAAGCGGAACAUUUUCUUGGUGGUCUGGCCUUUGCUAAAUCCAUCAACAGGACAUUAUUAUUACCUCCAUGGAGAACUUACAAAAAUGUUCCCUUCACAGACUGGUUCAAGCUUGAACCCUUACAGGAAUAUCACAAGGUGAUACCUGCUGAACAGUUUAUGAAGAUCCUAGCCCCAGAAGUUUGGCCCCCAGGGAAAAGAAAGGGCUCAUGUUUUUCAUUCGAAGAAAAUGCUGAAUGUAAAAUGAAAGAUGGAAAUCCGUUUGGACCUUUUUGGGAUGAGCUUGGUGUUGACUUUGACUCCACAGAAUCCUACACAGUUUAUUAUGAGGAACAUGACAGAUGGAGAACUAGAUUUCCUGCCACAGAGUACCCUGUGGUUGCCCUAAGAGGGGCUCCUGCACCGUUCCCUAUGGCCCCUAGUGUGAGGCCCCUACAACAGCACCUUCAGUGGUCAGACACAAUUGUAGAACAAGGACAACAAUAUGUAGACCGUAAUUUUCCAAAGGAGAAGUAUGUUGGAAUACAUCUCAGAAAUGGACCUGAUUGGGAGAAUGCAUGCCGACACACAGAAGGUGGCAUUGGUUCUUUUAUGGCUUCUCCACAGUGCAUUAAACCUGGUGGUGCUCAGAAGGUCACGAAAGAAAUAUGUUUGCCUUCAACAAACAGUAUAUUAAAACAACUGAAGCAGGCUGUAAUGGAAACUGGUGCCACAGUUGUGUAUGUUGCCACUGAUAAAAAUCCAUUGAUCAGUGACAUAACUGAAUAUUUAAAGGACUUUCAGGUGAAGGUUUACCACCAAGACCCCUGGCUUCCCCAGCUGGACCUGUACAUUCUAGGUGAGGCGGACCAUUUUAUUGGGAACUGCGUCUCCUCCUUUACCUCAUUUGUCAGUCGAGCAAGGAAGGUCCGUAACAAGCCAACAACAUUCUGGGGACUUGGAUAAUACCAGUGCAGAAGGUCUGUUACAACACAGCAGCAUUAUGGGAAAUCAUGCACACAUUAAUCAUUCUGGGAAUAUGAAUAACAACAGCGUGGAUGGUCCACAGGAAAACUACAACUUUCUGGGGACUAAAUUAAAAUCAGUAAGGAAGGUCCAACUCCAACAAUAUUAAAGAGACUUGAAUACUAGUUAUACUUUCUAGGAAGGUCCAUAACAAACUAUACGAUUCUGAGAGAUGUAUUAAUGUAGCCUUGUGAUGCCAUCAAAUAAAGUCUAUAAUACACCUAAAACAUUGGUUGUAAAACUGUUCCGUAAUAUUAAUAAAAUCUGUGCACAAUA